UGGACAGCUAACUUCAUUUCGUUGGUGUAGUAAACAUUGAAUUUAUUAAAUUGUAUAAUGUGAAUUAGAAAUGGAAACUUAACCUGUUUGUGUUGAUGAAUGUGAAUGGAUAUUUCUGGAAAAAAAUAUCUGUAAUCAGUAAACUUACCAUUUGCAGGAGUGCAACGUCAAACAGAACAGUCAUGGAGGGUAUUAUGACAACAGUAGGUGGUCAGAAAAGACCAGCAGCAGCUAUAGAUCCAUCACCAACCAAAAAAACCAAUUUCGUUGGACUGUCUCCAAUGCGAGAAUUGACAAAUGUGAAAACCCCAACAGAUAGACCUUUUAGAGUAUCUAUAGAAGGAAAUAUUGGUGCAGGAAAAUCAACACUUAUUAAAUACUUUCAGAAUAUGCCUGGAAUUGAAACUUAUUUAGAACCUCUUGAAUGGUGGAGAAAUCUUAAUGGACAUAAUCUGCUUGCUUUAAUGUAUUCUGAUGUGCAUGAAUGGUUGCGAGUGUUUCAGAAUUAUGUUCAAUUUACUCGAUUACAAAUUCAAACUUCUAAACCAUCUUCACCAUCCACUACAGUUCAGAUGUUUGAACGAUCCAUACAAAAUAAUAGGUAUUGUUUCAUGGAACAUGCUUACAGAAGUGGACUGAUACAUGGUGCUGAUUAUGCAGUUCUGGAUCAGUGGUAUAGGUGGUUGAAAUGCAAUGAAGAUAUAGCUUUGGAUUUGAUAGUUUAUUUAAGGAGUACUCCUGAAAAGGUGUUUGAGAGAGUCAAAGCUCGAAAAAGACCAGAGGAAAAUGGGCUUUCUUUACAAUACCUUAAAGAAUUACAUGAAAGUCAUGAGAGGUGGCUGAUGUCAGAUGAUGAAAGAUUUAAUACAAUACCUGUAUUAGUUCUAGAUGCUGAUAAAACUUUGGACCAAGUAAUUGAACAAUAUAAACAAAAUGAGCACAAAAUAAUGGGUCAUGAAAAACGCAAGAAGUUCAAAGUGGAAGAUGUUGAUAAGAAUAAAGUAAAGAAAACACUGUUUUAAUAACAGAAAUGUAUGGUUAACGAUCCAUCAUUGAAUUUCAGAUAAUAUAUACAAAAAACUACGUUUACUAGUAAUUUAAACCACAAAAAUUGUUAGAAUAUACAUUUUACAAUAUUAAUAUAAUUUUGAUAAUAUAUAUUGUUAAAUAGAAACAGAAUAAAAUAAAUUAUAAGAAUAAAGUAAAGAAACAUUGUGUUUCAGUAACUGAAA